GAUCGAGAUCGCGCGGGGCUACGACCAGCUGGCCUUCCGUGAGGAUUUGAAGAAGCUGCUGACGGCGGCGGGGGGCAAAGGGGAGAAGACGGUCUUCCUCUUCUCUGACUCCCAGAUCAAGAGCGAGGGCUUUGUGGAGGACCUGAACAAUCUGCUGAACACCGGGGAGGUGCCUAACCUCUUCGCCCCGGACGAGCGGGUCCAGGUCUGCGAGAUGGUGCGCGCGGCCGCGCGCCAGGAGGGCAAGGCCCCGGAGGGCACGCCCAACCAGCUCUACGGCUACUUCGUGGAGAGGUGCAGCAAGAUGCUGGCCAUUGUGCUCUGCUUCUCCCCCAUCGGCGAUGCCUGGCGUGCCCGGAUCCGGCAGUUCCCCUCCCUGGUGAACUGCUGCACCAUCGACUGGUACACCGAGUGGCCCUCGGACGCGCUGGUAGCGGUGGCGGAGCGCUUUUUGGGCCAGGUGGAGAUGGAGGAGCAGGUCCGCAAGAGUUGUGUGGAGAUGUGCUCCAUUUUCCACUCUCAGACCACGGAGCUCGCGGUGGAGUUCAAGAACAGCCUGAAGCGCAUCUACUACGCCACGCCCACCUCCUUCCUGGAGCUGAUCAAUACCUUCAAGACCUUGCUGGCGGCCAGACGGAAGCAGGUCACCGACCUUAAGGACAAGUAUGAGAAAGGCCUGGACAAGAUCCUCACCACCGAGCAGUCGGUGGAGGGCAUGAAGGUGGAGCUGAUCAACCUCCAGCCCAAGCUGAUUGCUAAGAACGAGGAGGUGGAGAAGAUGAUGGUGGUGGUCGGCGAGGAGUCCGAGAAGACCGCCAAGGUGAAGGAGUCGGUGGCGGCGGACGAGGCGGUGGCCUCCGAGGCGGCGGCCAAGUCGGAGGCGCAGAAGGCGGAGGUGGAGGCUGACCUGGAGGAGGCCAUGCCGGCGCUGAUGGAGGCCUUGGGAGCGCUGGACACGCUCUCGGCCAAGGACAUCGGGGAGAUCAAGGCCAUGAAGAACCCCCCGGGCCCCGUGAAGCUGGUCUUGCAGGCGGUGUGCAUCAUGAAGAGCCUGAAGCCCAACCGCGUCAAGGACGAGUCCGGGAAGAUGGUGGAGGACUACUGGGGCCCUUCCGUGAAGAUGGUGGGCGAAUCGGACUUCCUGAGGUCUCUUCAGAGCUUUGACAAAGACAACAUCCCGCCAGCUACCAUCAAGAAGAUUGCCACCUUCAUACCGAUGGAUGACUUCCAGCCGGCUCGGGUGAAGACAUGCAGUACAGCAGCCUGGGGCAUUUGCAUGUGGGUCAGGGCCAUGGAGACCUACGACCGCGUGGCCAAGGUGGUGGGACCCAAGAAGGAAGCGCUGGCAGUGGCAGAGGCGGAGUACGCCCAGGUCAUGGAGAAGCUGAACCAGAAGCGCGCGGAGCUGCAGAAGGUGCUGGACCAGCUGGCGGAGCUGGAGGGCCAGCUGAACGGUUUGAAGGCGGAGAAGGACGACCUGGCCUACCAGGUGGACCUCUGCAAGAAGAAGCUGGACCGCGCGGAGACGCUGAUCGAGUCCCUUGGGGGCGAAAAGGUGCGCUGGACGCAGAACGCCAAGGACUUGGCGGUGGACUACGUGAACCUGACUGGUGACGUCAUCGUCUGCAGUGGGCUCAUUGCGUACCUUGGCGCCUUUACGCCAGACUACCGCGAAAAGACGGUGAAGGCCUGGACGGACUUCUCUCUGGAGAAGAGCAUCCCGGGCAAGGAGAAGGUCAGCUUGCAGGACUGCCUGGGUGAGCCGGUGAAGAUCCGGAGCUGGACCAUCUGCGGCUUGCCCAACGACGCCUUCUCCAUCGAGAACGGGAUCAUCAUCGACAAGAGCCGGCGCUGGCCCCUGUGCAUCGAUCCCCAGGGCCAGGCCAACAAGUGGAUCAAGAAGAUGGAGGAGCCCAACAAGUUGGCGGUGAAGAAGUUCACGGACAGCGACUACAUCCGGCGCUUGGAGGGCUGCAUCACCUACGGCAACCCCAUGCUCAUCGAGAACAUCCUGGAGGAGACCGACCCGGCCAUCGAGCCGGUACUUCUCAAGCAGACCUACCGCCAAGGGAACCGCAUGAUGCUCAAGCUGGGGGAGUCUGUGCUGGAGUACAACAAGGACUUCAAGCUCUAUCUCACAACGAAGCUGCGGAACCCGCACUACCUGCCAGAGAUCGCCGUGAAGGUCACCCUGCUGAACUUCAUGAUCACCGUGGUGGGUCUGCAGGACCAGCUGCUGAACAUCGUGGUGCAGGCGGAGCGCCCGGAGCUCGCGGAGGACAAGGCGCGGCUGGUGGUGGAAGGGGCGGAGAACAAGGCCCAGCUGGAAGAGACCGAGAACAAGAUCCUGCAUGUGCUGCAGACGUCCCAGGGCAACAUUCUGGAGGACGAGACGGCCAUCAACGUCUUGAGCUCCAGCAAAGCGCUGUCCAAUAAGAUCGCAGCAAAGCAGGAGAUCGCCGAGGAGACGGAGAAGCAGAUCGACGAGGCUCGCCUGGGCUAUGUGCCGGUGGCUUUCAAGACAGCGAUCCUCUUCUUCUGCAUCUCCGAUUUGGCAAAUAUCGACCCCAUGUACCAGUACAGCCUGCCCUUCUUUGUCAGCCUUUUCCUCUCGGCAAUCGAGAAGGCAGAGAAGUGCGAUGACUUGCCCACGCGCAUCGACAAUCUGAAUGAUACUUUCCGCUACACGCUCUACUGCAACAUUUGCCGCAGCUUGUUUGAGAAGCACAAGACGCUCUUCUCCUUCCUCCUUUGUAUGCGGCUGCUGCUCUCCAGCGACGAGGCGGACUACGACGACUACCGCUUUCUGCUCACCGGCGGGGUCUCGUUGGAGGACCCCCCGCCCCGCCCGGCGGACUGGGUGCCGGACAGAUGCUGGGGCGAGCUUUUCCGACUCAGUCGCGGCAAGGAACUCUACAACAGCUUCCACGAGAAGUUUGCGGAAGAGCUUCCAAUGUGGAGAGAGGUUUAUGACGACGUGAACCCCAUGAAGCUGUUGAAAAGCCCUGAGACACGGCCCAAGUCCAUGGCGCAGUUCGGGGAUUUCCAGGACCUGAUGAUCCUGCGGUGCAUUCGGCCAGACCGGGUGGUACCGGCGGUCCUCGAGUUUGUCGCGUCCAAGCUAGGGGAGAAGUUUGUGAACCCCCCGCCCUUCGACCUCGCCGGCUCCUACACGGACUCCAACGCCAUGUCCCCGCUGAUCUUCAUCCUCUCCCCGGGCGCGGACCCCGGGAGCAACCUCUACCGCUUCGCCGCGGAGAAGGGCCGGGAGGUGGCGUCCAUCUCCUUGGGCCAGGGCCAGGGGCCCAAGGCGGAGCGGCUCAUGGACAUCGCCACCAAGGACGGCGGUUGGGUGCUGCUGCAGAACUGCCAUUUGGCCACCAGCUGGAUGCCGCGCCUGGAGCGGCUGCUGGAUGAGAGGGACCCCAAGAAGAUCCACAAGGACUUCCGACUUUGGCUCACCUCCUACCCCUCCAACAAGUUCCCGGUGGCCAUCCUGCAGGGCGGGGUGAAGAUGACCAACGAGGCGCCGAAGGGUCUCCGCGCCAACAUGACCGGGUCCUACAACAUGGACCCCAUCAGCAACGAGGAGUUCUUCAAUGCCUGCACCUGCGACCACGCCUUCAAGCGCCUGGCCUUCAACCUCUGCUUCUUCCAUGCGGUGAUCCAGGAGCGUCGGCUCUUCGGACCCUUGGGCUGGAACAUCGCCUACGAGUUCACGGAGAACGACCUGCGGAUCUCCGUGCGACAGCUGCAGAUGUUCCUGGACGAGUACCCGGAUGAGGCCCCAAUCAAGGCGCUGAACUACCUGACGGGGGAGUGCAACUACGGGGGCCGCGUCACGGAGUCGAUGGACCGGAGGCUCUUGGCCACGCUGCUGAAGAGCUACUACUGCCAGGAGGCAUUGGAGGACGACUUCAUUUUGUACCAGGAGAAGGGUGGAGAAACCUACGUUCCGCCACCGAAAGGUGGCUAUGAGGCACACAUGGAGCACAUCCGCUCCCUGCCGCUGGUGACUCCUCCGGGGGUCUUUGGCUUCCAUGAGAAUGCCAAUCUCACCAAGGAGAUGGGUGAGACCUACAACAUGAUGACGGAGCUCCUGCUCACCGCAGGCUCCAGCAGCGGCGGCGGCGGCUCCUCCCCGGACGUGGUGGUCGGCGAGAUCGCCAAGGAUGUGCUGCAGCGCCUCCCGGAGCCUUGGGAUGUGGCCAAGGUGCAGGAGAAGUACCCCACGCUAUACGAGGAGAGUAUGAACACUGUGCUGGCACAAGAGCUAAAGAGAUUCAACGGCUUGCUGAAGGCGAUCCAGAACUCCUUGAAGGACAUCCAGAAGGCGGUGAAGGGCCUGCUGCUCAUGAGCUCGGACCUGGAGACGGCCUUCUUCGAGAUCUUCGACGGGAAGACCCCGGCCAUGUGGCUGAAGCACUCCUAUCCCUCACUGAAGCCCCUGGGAGGCUACGUCAACGACCUCGUGGAGCGCCUGAAGUUCUUUCAGAAGUGGGUGGACAACGGCGCGCCGGUGAUGUUCUGGUUCAGCGGCAUCUACUUCACCCAGGCCUUUACCACUGGAGCCUCCCAGAACUUUGCGAGGAAGUAUCAGAUCCCCAUCGAUACCCUGACAUUCGACUUCUUCUAUCCGAAGGAGCAGGAGUUUACGGUGAAGCCGGACGACGGCGUUUACAGCUACGGCCUUUUCUUCGAAGCCUGCCGCUGGGAUUGGGAGGAGUGGAAGCUCGCGGAAUCCGCGCCCAAGGUGCUCUACGCUGGGGUGCCGCUGAUUCACCUGAUGCCCUGCGAGAAGACGAAAGUCCGAGACUUCGCGCACUACGAGUGUCCAUGCUACAAGGUGUCUACCCGGAAGGGUGUCUUGUCCACCACGGGCCACUCCACCAACUUUGUGAUGCCCAUCAAGAUCAACAGCGACGUGGACGAGUCGCACUGGAUCAAGCGGGGCGUGGCCAUGCUCACCUCACUGGACACCUGAAGAUCGCGUUGGCGCUCCGCCGACUUCAAAACGAGGGAAAGGUACAGACUCCGACGCCAAAGAGCGCUGAACCGUGGCAAGGCUCCCACAGUCUCACCUUGCGUUUCACCCAUGUCUCACCCCAGGUGUCACGGAAGUACCAGGUUGCACCGCCCUUUAAGACAUGCGAACCAACCGAC